AAAUAGACUUAUUAAUUAUAAACCAAUUCAAUUUUAUGUAUUCGCCUCAUUCUCUUGUUGUUCUUUCUUAUUUGGAAUCGUUUCGUGAGACAAAACUAUCCAAAAUAAGAAGAACAAAAAGAGACCGAGGGAGUAGUAUAAACCUAGCAAGAAGUUGAUAUUCUUCAACCUUGCUAGGAUUGCCCUGAUAUAUUUUCUCUUCUUUUUUCUUCGAUCUUCUAGCUCCUCUUUAGAUUGGAAAACUCAAUUGGUCAUUUAGAAAUUUUUGCAAAUAAUUUUGAAAAAUGGCUGAAUCAUUGUUUUCUAAACUAUAUCAAGGGAAGAUGAAAGAUGAGAGUUUAUUUAGUGCUAUAGUCCCAUUACUAAAGCUUAUCACCCUUACCUUAAUUGGUGUCCUUUUAGCACACCCAAAAGCCAAACUUGUACCAAGAACAACAUUUAAGCUCUUAAGCAAGCUUGUAUUUGGUCUGUUUUUACCCUGCUUGAUCUUCACUAACUUAGGCCAAUCCAUCACCCUUAAGAAUUUCACCCUUUGGUGGUUCAUCCCUUUGAAUGUCAUUCUCUCAAUUGCUAUAGGCUCAUUGUUAGGGUACCUUGUAGCCCUUAUAUGCCGCCCUCCACCUCAAUAUGUCAGGUUUACAGUGAUCAUGACCGCGUUAGGGAACAUGGGAAAUCUUCCCUUAGCUAUCAUAACCUCAGUUUGUCAUACAAAGAAUCAUCCCUUUGGAAAAGAUUGUGAGAAGAAUGGAGUUGCUUAUGCUUGUUUUUCUCAAUGGGUUGCAGUUGCUCUUGUUUAUACCUUUGUUUAUCAUAUGAUGGAGCCUCCUUUAGACUACUACGAGGUUAUGGAGGAAACCUACAGCUUAUUGGAUGAUGAUAAUGAUGAUGAGAUAAUUCAGGAGGAGGAUCAAAGAGAUUAUGAUAUGAUUCUUCGCGAUGAUAAUAUGCCACUACUUAAUGAUGCAGAAUGGCCAGGGAUGGAAGACAAAGAAAUCCAUUACUCUAAGACACCCUUUGUUGCUCGAGUCUUCAACUCAUUGUUGUUUGAUUCUCUUAGAACACUCCCUGACUUAGGACCAUUCGAAGAAGGAGAAGAUGGCAAAGAUGAUCCUAAAUCAACAAGGUGUUUUCCAGAGCCUAAAAUGGUAAGAAAAAUCAGGAUUGUAGCAGAACAAACACCAAUUAAACACAUACUUAGCCCUCCUACAAUUGCUUCUUUCUUAGCCAUAAUUAUUGGUAUGGUUCCUGAGUUUAAAGGGUUUGUUUUUGGUGAGGAAGCCCCUCUUUCUUUCCUUACUGAUAGUUUUCAAUUUAUGGCAAAUGCAAUGAUGCCUAUUGCCAUGCUUGUGUUGGGUGGGAUGUUAGCCGAAGGACCAGAGCAGUCUAGGCUUGGCAUCAGGACUACUGUAGGGAUCAUUGUCGCGAGGCUUUUGGUGCUUCCAUUGGCAGGAAUUGGAGUGGUGAUUAUUGCUGAUAAGCUAGGUUUAUUGGUUGAAGGUGAUCAAAUGUAUAGGUUUGUGAUAUUGCUGCAUUAUGUUACACCUAGUGCUAUAUUACUUGGUGCAAUUGCUAGCUUGAGGGGUUUUGCUGUUCAAGAGGCCUCUGCACUUCUGUUCUGGCAGCAUGUUUUUGCUGUUGUUUCUAUUUCUCUGUAUAUUUUUGUGUUUUUUAACUUUCUUAUACCUUCUUUUACUUGAGGGUUUGUUUAUUGUUAGUGACGAUCUUAUACCUGGGUACGUCUAGGCUAAAGACAAACGCUAAAGGAGAAAAUCAAUUUUUUUUGAAAAUGGCAUCCGUUUUUGAAAAAUGACAUCGGUUUUUGAAAAAUGGUAUUCAUUUUUCCAAAAUGGCACAUGUUUUAUUGUUUGUCUUAUCCCUAUUUUAUCGUUUGGUAGGGUGAUAUAUAUCUUGAAAUACAUAUCAGAUAUUGGCCUCUCCGCCCUCCUUGAAUACGCUUAAGAUAUAUCCGGGUAUAAGCUGAAGGUGCUGCCUACUGGUGGUUAUGUGCGAUAUUUUGUAAUAUUUGUAUAAGAAAUGUUACUUAUAAUCAGGAGUUGCUAUUAUCAGUGCCUUUGUUUACCUUUCAACAUUAGAAGAUUCGACUUUAAUAGGGUGGAGAUGACAACUUGUGGCCUUGUGGGUUUGAUUUAGUCUCAACUUUAUCUAAUUUGUCACUGAACAUUUGGCUUGAAAGUGAUGAUUAUAUUCUGUCAUAUAAAUAAAGAUAGAAGCACACA